UCAAACAAAAUUAUGGAGCCUCACAGACAGACUUUAAAGGCUGCACCGCUGUUGUCUUUAGGAAGAUAUCACGUUUCUGAAGAGUACGGCUUUCUUCUUCCGAAUCCUCUGAAAGAACUUCCAGAUCAUUACAGGCCUUGGAUGGAAAUUGCUAGCAAACUUCCUCACUUGAUUGAAAGCCACCAACUUCGGGCUCAUGUGAACAAGAUGCCCCUCCUGGACCUCCAGUUCCUAAAUAGUUACCGGGAGCAGCGCCUGGCCCACUUGGUCCUGAGCUCUAUUACCAUGGGGUAUGUCUGGCAGGAAGGAGAGACACAGCCUGCGGAGGUGCUGCCAAGAAAUCUUGCCAUUCCCUUUGUGGAAAUCUCCAAGAACUUGGGGCUCCCUCCCAUUUUGACCCACGUGGACUUGGUGCUAAGCAACUGGACUAAAAGGAACCCAGAAGGACCCCUGGAAAUCAGUAACCUGGAGACCAUCGUCUCAUUUCCUGGGGGAGAGAGCUUGCGUGGCUUCAUUCUGGUGACGGUUUUGGUGGAGAAGGUAGCUGCACCUGGGAUUAAGGCCCUUGCUCUGGCAGUGAGUGCCCUCCUGCAGCUCAACCAGGACGUCCUGCUCCAUGCCCUGCAGCUACUGAGACUCUCCAUUGAGGAUGUCUCCAGAGCCUUAGGACAAAUGCAUGAUUAUGUAGAUCCAGACAUAUUUUAUGCAGUCAUCCGGAUCUUUUUCUCUGGAUGGAAAGACAACCCGGCAAUGUCUGCAGGACUCAUAUAUGAAGGAGUCUCCACGGAGCCCCUGAAAUACUCUGGAGGGAGUGCAGCUCAGAGCUCGGUGCUCCACGCCUUCGAUGAGCUCUUGGGUAUUCAUCACACCAAGGAAAGUGCUGCCUUUCUGUACAGGAUGAGGGACUACAUGCCUCCUUCCCAUAAGGCCUUCAUAGAAGAAAUCCACUCAGCCCCUUCUCUGAGGGACCACAUCCUGUCCUCCGGCCAUGGCCACUGCCUGACAGCCUACAACCAGUGCGUGGAGGCCCUGGCAGAGCUACGCAGCUAUCACAUCACCGUGGUGACCAAAUACCUCAUCACAGCUGCAGCCAAAGCAAGGAGCAGAAGGCCAACCCACCUCCCCAGGCCACCUCAAGCUUUAGAAGACAUAGGCACAGGAGGCAGUGCCAUCCUGAGCUUCCUGAAGAGUGUCAGGGAUAAGACUUUAGAGGCAAUCCUGAAACCAAGCGGUUAG